CACAUCCCUAUCACGAGAAAUUCGCGUACAGGCAUCACAGCAGGAUGAAGGCCGAAGGCUGAUACCAUAUAAGAACCGCACCUUCCCCGCUUCCUCCGAAGCUUCUCCGCCAGACCGCGAACGGACGUGGAAGCCCUAGCCGGAUAAAUCCCCCCGCAUCGCACCCAGUUUUCGGAGCGCAAUCCUCGAUCGCGAUGCGAGCGCGGGAGAUGCCGCACCCCCUCUGUUGCAUCUCCAUCGACUGCCCCGAGCUCGGCGGGCGGUCUCCGCCGGUGCCGGCCCACCCGCCGCCCGGGCGCGACGGCUACGGCGACGGCUUCUCCGUCGCGGUCGCCGGGGUCCUCUGCAAGUGGACCAACAUCGGCAAGGGAUGGCGGUACCGGUGGUUCUCCCUCCAGAGCGGCGUGCUGUCCUACUCCAAGAUCCGCCGCGGGGACCCGCCGCUGGUGCCCGACGGCGGCGGGGUCCGCCUCAUCGGGAGCGCCGCCGCUCUCUUCUCCCACGGGGGCGGCCGUAGGGCCCGGAAGCCGGUGCGCGUCGUUCAUCUGAAGGUCUCAUCAUUUCGUGAAAGUAAGACAGAUGACAGAAGAUUCUAUAUAUUUUCUCCAACAAAGACACUUCGCUUGAGGACCCGUUCGAGCAUAGACCGUGUGGCCUGGAUUCAGGCUUUGAUUUUGGCAACAAAAGAAUUUGCAUUACGUAGAGAAAUAUCUUUCAUUCCAAAUGAUGCAUCGAUUUCAACUGAAAAGCUUAGAGCUCGAAUGCAAGUUGAGGGCUUGGAUGAGUCACUCAUAAGGGACUGUGAGCAGAUUAUUCAUUCAGAGUUUUCUGAGUAUCACAGACAAUUGAAGCUUCAAUAUGAAGAGCACUUAAGCUCUAUUAGUACAUUUCAUCGGCAGCUGGAGGAAGUUGAUUUAGAUGUGGGAAUUAGUGAAGCUCAAGUGCAGUUAACCAAGUAUGAUUAUUCAAGCUCUGCACAUGUAAAAUUUAAUGAGUACAGUACAACUGAAUCAUCUGAUGAUGUUGAAAAGCAAGAGCUUGAUGAUUUGUCAGAUGAAGAUGAAUUUUCCUUUUUUGAUACAAGUGAAUGCUUCGGUGAUUCUGCCUCUAAAGUAAUAGCCUCAGGUGAUUCUGAUAGGACUUCUGGAAUAGAGAAUAACUGUUGUGAUAACAAUAUAAUGGAUGAAGGGCAGCUAAAUUAUCAGAAUAUGUUGCUGCAUACUAAAAGGCGUACGAAGUUACCAAAACCUAUUGAGAGGGAAAAAGGUGUUAGCCUUUGGUCAAUAAUUAAAGAUAAUGUUGGGAAGGAUCUGACAAAAGUAUGCCUUCCUGUUUACUUUAAUGAACCAUUAUCUUCGCUUCAGAAGUGCUUUGAAGACCUGGAGUACUCAUAUCUAUUGGAUCAAGCAUAUGAACACGGAAAAAAGGGGAAUGGUCUCAUGAGGAUUCUGAAUGUAGCUGCCUUUGCAGUCUCUGGAUAUUCUUCUUGUGAUGGCCGCCUUUGCAAACCUUUCAAUCCUUUGUUAGGAGAAACAUAUGAAGCUGACUACCCUGAAAAAGGAGUCCGUUUCUUUGCUGAAAAGGUUAGCCACCAUCCUAUGCUCAUUGCCUGCCAUUGCGAAGGCAGAGGUUGGAAAUUCUGGGGAGACAGCAAUCUCAGGAGUAAGUUCCGGGGACAAUCCAUACAACUAGAUCCCCUUGGUGUAUUAACCUUGGAAUUUGAUGAUGGCGAAAUUUUUCAGUGGAGUAAGGUCACAACGACUAUCUAUAACCUGAUCCUCGGAAAAGUACACUGCAAUCACCAUGGUACAAUGAACAUCCUGGGUAACCGGCAAUAUUCUUGUAAACUAAAGUUCAAAGAGCAGUCGCUCCUUGACCGCAACCCUCACCAAGUGCUAGGCUUUGUUGAGUCUAUGAACGGAUCAAAAGUUGCUACUUUGGUUGGGAAAUGGGAUGACAGCAUGUACUUCUCGUUUGGCGAUGAAAUCUUGAAGACCAAGAGCUCUGUUUCGACAGAGAAUGCAAAUCUGCUGUGGAAAAGGAAUAAGCCUCCUACUGAACCCACUCGAUACAACUUGACAUCAUUUGCUAUUACAUUAAAUGAGCUAACAUCGGAACUGAAGGAAAAACUUCCACCAACUGAUUCAAGACUGCGGCCAGAUCAGCGGUAUCUUGAGAAUGGGGAGUAUGAAAAGGCAAAUACAGAAAAGCUGCGAUUGGAGAAGAGACAGCGAAUGUCAAGAAAAUUGCAGGAAAAUGGGUGGAAGCCAAGAUGGUUCCAAAGGGAUAGUGAGGAUGCAACGUUCUGUUAUAUAGGCGGAUACUGGGAGGCAAGGGAUCAGCAGAAAUGGGAUGACUGUAUGGAUAUAUUUGGUGAGUACUCAAUGAACUAACUGUGGUACCCGGCAGCUAGCAUGAACUCAGCACUCAGGUCGGUAUCGCGUGAUGCUUAGUUGAGUUUCUGCACAUUCAACUCUUCUAUUGGUGUGUGUCAAUCUGCAGAUGACUCAUCAACUUUAUGGGUCUCCAUGUAACUGCUCAUUCUUUUGUUGUUUGAUUUUGUCAUUGGGUUUAGGAGAAGAGGGGCCUGAAGGUAUCCCUAGUUAUCCGAUCAUGCCAAUAAAAUGAAGGCAAUUCAUAUUUUGCCUCCCACCAUUUUCCACUGUUUGGUCUUUUACUUGUUUCAGACAGAUUCAGUGUCGUACUGUUGAAGUAGUCGCAUCAGAGAUACAUGUAAAUUAUAAAUGCAACUUUCUUUGAGUAAUGUUAAAGAGUAUCGUUCGUUUGUCGAGUAGAGCAGUUGAAAA